AUGGCGCUGCCAUGCUGCCAACUGUCCUCUGUCUCCAUGGAGAUCCUGCUCUUUCUCAAUGGCCGGUACAACACCACCUACUUCCUGCUGGAGCCUUUCACAUUCUUCUACAAACCCAACCUCAUUCUUGACCCAGUGAUACUGUUCCUGUACUUUGGAAUCGAAAUUACCCACAUUUUCUUCGGUACAAAAGGAAACCUCUGUCAAAGGAUGAUGCCUCUUGGCAUCAGCUUGACCUUGACCUUCCUGUCAACCAAAAUGGCUUUCUAUUACCUCCUGCUGCAGACUUAUGUGCUUCUCCUUAUUAAAGCCAUGAUGGGCACCAUUCUGGACACCAUUCUGCUUACACUCAACACCUUAUCCAGCAUGGAUUCUUUUUUAAGUACUAGAGACCUGCCCAAAGAGAGUCUUGGUGACUGCCCCAUGGUGCCCCAGAGGUACAUGACCUCAGGAAGGCUGACCUUUUGCCUUGGUCUUGGAAGCAUCUUCUAA